GGCCAGGCUGGCCCAUGUACACUAGCUAAGCGGGAGAGCGGCGGUCCGUCAGUCAGGCCGGAAUGGCGAACCACCAGGAGAAGCCCACCACGUCGCCGCCGCCGCCGUCGCCGCUGCAAUCUCAGGCGGCGGAGGGCGGAGGCGCCCGACCCCGCUUGCCUGGCGUCGGCGGGGCGCACGCUGGGGGCGCUGGAUACCCUAACCCCCCGGAAGCCGCGGUCCCCGACGCGGCGACUCUGCGGGACCAAUGGCGGUUCGCCGUGCGGCAGUACAGCCGCUGGUACUCCCACGCCUGGGGCACCGCCAUCCUCGCCGGUGCCGCCUUCUUCGCCCUCGGGUGGCUCGUCAAGGGCUCCAACCCGCUCCCUUCCCGUGCCGAGCCACACGACACCAACGCAAAUUCCGUCGCCAAGGAGGAGGGGUGACUGGUGCCUUGCAGAUAAUCCAUUCCUUCAACUUGUGUGGAGUUCAAAUAGAUUGUUAAUGGUGAAGAGAGACACUUCAAGCCAAAAGGGAUAUCGUGGGAUGGAGUUGCGCUCUAUGCACUUGUUUGAGGGCAGUGAUCUGCUUUCUGCUCCUCUGCUGUUGUAUGUUUUCAAAAUAAGCGGUGUAACCAUGCUUUAAGUGAGGCUUUCAAAGAUCUUGUAAAUACACGAACUAGAUGUCGCUGAAUUGAAAUCUUAAAAGAGUUGAAUUACCGUUUCCUUGUUCA